AUGGCUGAUCCUGAUUUCAAGCCUAUGCAUGUGACCGUCGGUCGUGAACAUUGCCUUGGUAACAAUGGUCUCGGUCGUUUCUGGAUCCUACCUGGAUCGCGUGACCGUGCUAAGCAUAUAGCCGAGAACUAUUUCCGAGAUGUAGAAGUGAUUCCCUCUCCUCGUGGUCAUGAUGGUUACAUUGGCAAGUACGAUGCCCCUGACGGAACUGUUGUCGACAUUGGUGUUAUCUCUACCGGUAUGGGUGCUCCAAGUGUUGACAUCAUCGCCACUGAGAUGAUCAAGCUUGGUGCCAAGGUCCUCGUCAGAGUUGGUACCGCUGGUGCCAUGCAGAAGACUCUCGGAAUCGGUGAUAUCGUUAUCGCUACUGGUGCCAUUCGUGAUGAGGGUACGACAAGGCACUACAUGCCUCUCGAGUUCCCUGCUCUUGGAUCGGCUGCUGUUGUCACUGCUAUGUCCAGCGCUGCGCAGUUGGAGCUGGAGGACGAAGAUGAACAUACUGAGGGUGGUGCCCAGUGGAUCUACGAUGCUGGUCCGGUCCAUACUAAGGAUUCCCUCAUGGCUAGGGAGUUCAAGUUUGGUCCCUAUGGUCCUGAGCACAAACGCUACAUGGAAGUCUUGGAGAAACUGGGGUGUUUGGCCUCUGAGAUGGAAGUAGCCAUGCUCUUCACUUUAGGGCAAGUGUAUGGUGUCAAGACUGGUUGUGUUCUCGCUCUUAUCGGUGGUGGUAGUGAUCCCAUCUCUGAUAAAGCCAACCUCAAGAGUGAGGCUGUUGCUCGUUCAUGCAGGAUUGUAUGCCGAGGUAUGGCUCAAUUGAAGAAGAACAUGGAUAGAUUCGCCAGUAAGGCGUCGUUGCUAGGUCGAACUGAUGAGUAA